AUGGCUGAUCGUCACUCUCAAUACAAGAAUCAGGGCAAAGAUGCCGAGACGUUGAGGAAGUCACGUGCUGAGAAUGCGAUUUCGCUCAGGAAGGAGAAGAGGGAGGAUAUCUUGUCCAAAAGAAGAAAUAUUCCACAAGAGUAAGUGUCUGACCUUAUUUUGUUGUAUUUUAGGAUUUUUGGGAAUCGAAGACUGUUUUUUUGAGUUUUUGGUAACGUGAGUUUAAUAGGUAUAGGCAUAAGUUGUUUUUUAUCACAAAACUUUUAGAAUUGAUUAAAUUUUGUUGAAGCUUAUUAAUUAUAAGCAAGAUUCUUUAUUUAUUAAUUCUUUUGUUUACAAUAUAGCCAAUCUUGUGUAUUAGCAUGAAAACUUAAAUCUUUUUGGUUUUUGUGGGUUUUGUAUAUUAAAUGUUUAAUUAAUGAGGAAUUUUAUCUUCUAUUGUUUUAGAGAUGAUGCUGGAACCAGCAAGGAUCUUACUCUUCAAGCACCAUUUGACAGAGUUAGUUUGGACGAGAUUGUUGCCAAGGCUCAAUCUCCAGAUAUUGAGGUUCAGAUGCAGGCCGUCACCCAUGCCCGCAAGCUGUUGAGCUCUGACAGAAAUCCUCCAAUCGAUGAUCUGAUCAGCAGCGGAAUCCUUCCCAUCUUGGUCAGGUGUUUGGGUUCUGAGAAGUGAGUUUUGGUUUUUUAUCUUUUUUUAAUUUAGGUUCUUUAAUCGUGUAAUUGCAUAGUGAAAACUUAAAAAAAACCUUACAAUAGGUUACAAUCUUUAUUAUUAACUUUAUAUUUUGUUUUAGCUCCACCCUCCAAUUCGAAGCUGCUUGGGCUUUGACUAACAUCGCUUCUGGAACUUCUGAACAAACUAGAGCUGUUGUUCAAGCUGGAGCUGUCCCUCACUUCUUGGAAUUGCUGACUUCUUCUAACAUCAAUGUCUGCGAACAAGCUGUAUGGGCUCUUGGAAAUAUUAUUGGUAAGUUUUGUUGAUUUUUUGAAAAUGUCUUAACAAUUUUAAUAGAUAUAUAAAUUCUCCAUAAAUAUAUAUGGAAAUGGAAGUUUUGUUGUUAAAGAUAAUUAUCGUAUUUUAGGUGAUGGACCACACUUCCGUGACUACUGUAUCGAAUUGGGCAUCGUAGAGCCACUUUUGCGCUUUGUAGUCCCGGAUAUUCCACUGAACUUCUUGAGAAAUGUUACCUGGGUCAUGGUUAACUUGUGUCGUUCUAAGGAUCCUCCUCCAACUCGCAGCAUUGUCGAAAGUCUUUUGCCAGCUUUGUCUCAACUGAUCCAUCACGAAGAUACGAGCAUCUUGGUUGAUACUGUUUGGGCUUUGUCUUACUUGACUGAUGGUGGAAACGACCAAAUCCAAAUGGUCAUCGACAGCGGAGUAAGUGUUUUUACAUCUCUUUAUAUUUUAGGAAUUGAUUACAUUUUAUCGAAUUUGUUGUUUUUAAAAAAAUACUGUUAUUUUUCUAAAUAUUUUCGUUUAGGUUGUCCAACACCUUGUUCCUCUUCUCGGUCACCCAGAAGUCAAGGUCCAAACUGCUGCUUUGAGAGCCGUUGGCAACAUUGUCACUGGAACAGACGACCAAACUCAAUUGGUCUUGGAUAAUGGUGCUCUUCAGAUGAUGCCUUCUCUUCUGUCUCACGUCAAGGACAAGAUCAACAAGGAAGCUGUAUGGUUCUUGUCGAACAUUACCGCUGGCAACGAACAACAAGUCCAGGCUGUCAUCGAUGCCAAUCUGAUGCCAAUGAUCAUCCAUUUGUUGGAUCGCGGAGAUUUCCAGACCCAAAAGGAAGCCGCUUGGGCUGUUUCGAACGUCACCAUCUCUGGAAAGCCAGAACAUGUUCUGUACAUGGUCGAUUGUGGAGUGAUUGUGCCUUUCUGUAACUUGUUGGACGUCAGAGACACCCAAAUUAUCCAAGUUGUCUUGGACGGUCUGAACAACAUCUUGAAGAAGAGUCAAGACAGAUGCGAAGAGAUUUGCCAGAAGAUCGAGGAGUGCUCGGGCUUGGACAAGAUCGAACAUCUUCAGAACCACGACUCUCAGGAUAUCUACAAGAUGGCCUACGAGAUCAUCGACGCCUUCUUCUCUCCAGUUGAGGAAGAGGAGUUGGCCAUGCCUAACGACAACUUCCAGUUCGACAAUACUCAACAGAACGUGCCUUCGGAAGGCUUUGCGUUCCAUUAA